AUAGCUCUCACCUCUCAAACUUUUUCUUUUUCAAUGUGGGAUUGAAGAUCAACAGAGUCUCGAAUAGUACUAACCCCAAUGGAAUCAGCUCAACUAUUCUCAACCUAUCCCCACCCUCACCUUCUCACUCUCCCCACCACCCCCUCCCACCACCACCACCACCACCACCGGCGGCGGCCAUGGCUUCCGAGAACAACAAGCUCCAACCCCCCCAAACUCCAUCUUCGCUCUUCUCUCCACGAAGCCAUCUCCAUUGCUUCUUCCCCUUCUACUCACGACCUUCAACAACAGCUCGAAACCUCGUCAUCCCUCUUUCUGGUUUCUGACAGCGUUGGUUACUCCUUGGCCAGCUACUACACCUCUCUGGGUCUCUUCGUCAUCUCUGUCCCAGGCCUCUGGUCGCUCAUCAAGCGCUCUGUCAAAUCCAAGAUAGUUAAGAAGACAUUUAUAGGCGAAGGUGAAGCCAAGAAGCCACCUAACCAAGUGGCAGGGGAGAUUCUUUCCUUCUUCACUCGCAACAAUUUUGCUAUUACUGAUAGAGGAGAGACCAUUACGUUUGAGGGAGUGAUGACCCCAAGCAGAGGCCAAGCAGCUUUGCUGACAUUCUGCACUUGCAUCAGCUUGGCUAGUGUUGCACUUGUUCUCACCAUAACUUAUCCAGACGUGGGCAACAAUUGGUUCUACCUCACCAUCUUGAGUCCAUUAGCAGGAGCAUACUACUGGAAGCGAGCUUCGAGGACCGAACAGAUCAAGGUGAAAAUGAUGGUCGGAGAAGAUGGGGCGCUGUCGGAGGUCAUCGUUCAAGGGGACGACCAACAAGUCGAGCAGAUGAGAAGGGAGCUUCAGCUCAGUGAGAAGGGCAUGGUGUAUGUCAAAGGCAUUUUCGAGAGAUGAUCGACAAUGUGUGUUGAUUGCUCACUUCAAGCACAAAUAUAAUUGAGGCUUCUUCUUCUUCUUCAACAAUUGAUUCCAAUCAAAAUUUUGUAAUUGUGUAUACUUACAAAACUAGAGUACAUAGCAUUAAAACCAUAUAUAUUAAGAUUGUAUUCUUCAAUUUUGCAUCAAACUAGGCCCAAUUUUCAUGCAAUUUAGGUGCACGCUU